AUCAAGUUUUCUCAAGUCUUUGUCCUAAAAACGCUUUCUUCAAUACAUCAAAAAAAUGGCAUGUCUCUGCAUCAAUUUUAAAAAGAAGCCCAAGAAACCAAUACCAGUCAGCAAUGGUCAAGAAAACACAGAGUUCGAGAGCGGAGAAUCAACUAAAAAACAACCCCUUCGUCAAAGACAAACUGCUCCUAGAGCCAAUAUCCAGAUCGUGGUGCAGCCUCAUAAACUCCCACUUCCAGUUCCGAUUUCUCACCCUCAAGAACAACAAAAGCUAAUGCACCAACCAGAACCGAUCUCAGGAAAACCAUUUGAAGACGUUAAGGAGACGUACAGUCUUGGUCGCGAAUUGGGUCGUGCAUUCGGUAUUACGUAUCUAUGUACAGAGAUCUCAUCAGGCAAGAACUUCGCUUGUAAAUCCAUCUUAAAGAGAAAACUCAUCAGAACUCAGGACAGAGAAGAUGUAAGAAGAGAGAUACAGAUAAUGCAGUAUUUAUCAGGGCAACCAAAUAUUGUGGAGAUCAAAGGAGCUUAUGAAGACAGACAAAGUGUGCAUCUUGUUAUGGAGCUUUGUGAAGGCGGUGAGCUCUUUGAUAAGAUUAGUAAAAGAGGACAUUACUCAGAGAAAGCAGCCGCAGAGAUCAUAAGAUGUGUGGUUAAAGUUGUAGAGAUUUGCCAUUUCAUGGGUGUGAUUCAUCGCGAUCUUAAACCCGAAAACUUCUUGUUAUCUGGUAAAGAUGAAGCUUCUGCAAUGCUUAAGGCUACCGAUUUUGGUGUUUCGGUGUUCAUCGAAGAAGGGAAAGUGUACAAAGAUAUUGUAGGAAGUGCAUAUUAUGUUGCACCAGAGGUUCUGAAGAGAAACUAUGGCAAAGAAAUUGAUAUUUGGAGCGCUGGAGUUAUUCUCUACAUACUUCUAUGUGGAACUCCUCCGUUUUGGGCCGAGACUGAUAAGGGGAUAUUUGAGGAGAUCUUGAGAGGAGAGAUUGAUUUUGAGUUCAAACCGUGGCCGUCAAUCUCUGAGAGUGCUAAAGAUUUGGUGAUGAACAUGUUAAAGAGUGAUCCCAAGAGUCGGUAUACUGCUUCUCAAGUCCUAGAACAUCCAUGGAUACGAGAAGGUGGAGAAGCUUCUGAUAAACCGAUUGAUAGUGCCAUUUUGUCGCGGAUGAAGCAACUUCAAGCUAUGAACAAGCUUAAGAAGCUUGCAUUGAAAUUUAUUGCACAAAAUCUCAAAGAAGAGGAACUAAAGGGUCUCAGGACGAUGUUUGAAAACAUGGACACAGAUAAAAGCGGUACAAUCACGUACGAUGAACUGAAAACUGGACUAGAAAAACUUGGUUCGAGGUUAACUGAAACCAAAGUUAAGCAGAUCUUGGAAGAUGCUGAUGUCGAUGGAAAUGGUACAAUUGAUUACAUUGAGUUCAUCUCAGCUACAAUGAACCGGUACAGAGUUGAAAGGGAGGAGGAUCUGUUUAAAGCUUUUCAACACUUCGAUAAAGAUAAUAGUGGAUUUAUUACAAGACAAGAAUUAGAAAUGGCUAUGAAGGAAUAUAAUAUGGGAGAUGAUGCCAUGAUCAUGGAGAUUAUCUCUGAUGUUGAUGCAGAUAACGAUGGAAGUAUCAACUAUCAAGAGUUUUGCAAUAUGAUGAAGAGCUGCUCACAAUCACAUCAGACUAAAUUGGUUCAAUAAAUUUGAAGACCAAAGACUCACAAUUUUUCUUUGUUUUGCAAUUCAUAUUAAUGCAUGUAUUUCCAAAAUGUAAUGCCAAGGUUCCAAUGUCACAAUCUCCAACAAUCCUUAAUCCAGUAAACUCAUAUAAAACUCAUCUAAGGCCCACAUAAGAUCCAUGAAAGGCCAAAUACACUUAUUUAGGGUUUACACCCUCUCAAAUAUUGUUGUUAUUGGCAAUUUUUUGUAAUUUAAAUUAUGUGAGUCAUACUCGAUGAGUUGAUUUGAAGAAGUUUUGAGAUUGGUCAUCGAAAUAUGCUUGGUUUGUUUUCUUUUGUUCUCUUUGAUACUGCACGGAAAAAAUCUACGGAGCUGCAGAAAUUACUUAACUUUAGAGUUUCAAAAUGUAUAUGCUUUUUCCAAUUCCUUCUCCUCUGCAAGUGCUGGUUCUAAUGUUCACAAAGGUAAUAACUUUAUGGUCUUUUACCUAGUUGAAUCACUUGGUUUUACUACAAAAAAUCGCCGUAGAUAGUGAUGAAGAAGAUUGAGUUUCUGGUGAAUGAUAUGAAUUGCAUAGUAAAGGCUGUAGUCUCGAACCAUUCAGUACUUGAUUACAGUUUGGAGAAGAGGACUAUUCCAAGGUGUAAAUUAAUCAAAUAUCUCAUGUCCAAAGGGUUGCUUGGAACUGAACUUCCUACAAAGCCGGUCUUGGACAAAGUGUCAUGAAACAUUCGCCUAUAACUCACAAAAAUUUUGAAAAAUAAUUACAUUGACAUAGGCCCCCAAAUUUGCAAAGAAAAAAAAAAAUAUAUAUAUAUAUAAACAUUUACUAAACAGCUUACGACCGCCAAAAUUUCAGGGUCAGCCCCUGCCGUUCAAUUGGGUAUGUUUUGUGUGUACCAAUGAGAUGUUUUCAGAAAGUCUAUCUGCACCAGAGAUCGUGUUUCCUAGAUCUGAAGGAUUGUCAAGUAUUUAGCUUUUAUUUAUGAAUAACUUGAAACUUGGACUUAAGUUAUUGGUGCGUGAGUUGUUGAUUUUCCUUCACCAAAUAUUGUGUUUCAUAGAUCAUAAGGCUUGCCAAGAUAUCUGAUGCCUUACUUUUGAGGUAAUAUACGAGAUGUACAUUCUGAUUCUAAGCUUUAAUAGUGAUCUCAACCUGAUUUGUAUCCGACUUAUAAAGCAAUUUAAAAGCUGUAAUUCUGAAUCCAUUUUCCGAGUUAGCAACAUAGAAAUGUAGAGAUAUGAUAAUGAAAUUGCAUCCCGAGAACGAAUGAUUGAGCUCUUAGAUGGUUUCCAAAUUUAGAGCUCUAAAUCUUCAUAUGUGUUGUGGAAGCCCCCUUGGUCCAGUGGUAUGACUGAAGGUUCAUUAAUGCUUAUAUACCAGGAAGUCUGAGUUUCAAUUCCCGGAGAAGACUGCAAACUAUGCAGAAUAUUGGAAAAAAACUUAUAAGAGAUCUUCGGUAUGACGCAAGGCAGACCGCCAGGAAUGAAUUUCAUAGGGCAACUCUGGGUGAUGCAGUAAGGCAGGUAAAAGUUUUGGUUGUAGUAACGUCUAUGUAACGUUUUUCAUAGCUUUUAAUAGCAUAAUGAACCAGUGUUAAAAAAAAAAAUUCAUGUGUGAAUAGUUUGAUCUUUUCUUCGAAUUAUGUUUGGGAAAAGGCUGGUGUGGAUAUAUACUUUACUGGGGUUUUCAUUGUUGAUUUCCAGAUUAUAUCAUUCAAUUACAAGUUUCACUUCCAGCCAAAAAAAGAGUUAUAUGUUGCGAUUCGUCAGGAUUUGAUGAUGGUAAUCAAACAAUAUCGCAUAACUUAAACCAAGAAAAUGAUGUCAUAUACGAAAAAAAUAUAUCACUUUUAUGGAUUAUGGAAGCUGAUAGAAUCUUGGAAAUAUAACCACAUGGAGUUGUGGAAGUUGCAAGAAUUUUGGAAAUAUUCCUAAUAGAUUUAUGGAAAUCGGGGAAUGCUCUAAUCCAACUAGGCUAAUGUAAUAGACUCCUACUAUAUAAGAGGAGCUCAAAUUUUCUCUUAUCUCUCUCUCAAGCAAGUUGAUUUGUAAGCUUAAGAGAGAGAGAGAGAGAGAGGUUCUAUAUCUUUGUUUUUAAGAUUAUAGUAUAUUGCCUCUUGCCAGGCCUCAGAGGCUUAGCCAUUCUAGGUAAACUCUAAGUAAACAAUUUCUAGUGUCAAUCUUCUAUAUUUUCCAAGUUCUUCUUCUGAUCUCCAUUAUUCUGCAAACUCAUACUUAACUCACGUCGGCGAGUUUGUCAAAGAGUGUGUCAGCGAUUUUGUGUGUUUGAUUAUGGUUCCAGGUCAAACUAUUUUGCCACUGUGUGGUUGUUAUUUCAACAAAGUGGUAUCAGAUCCUUGGUUGGUGUUGAUCUCAAUGGCGAAUGCAAGAAUUGAGGUGGAGCGGUUUGAUGGGAAAGGAGACUUCUCAUUGUGGAAGAAGAGGAUGCUAGUGCAUCUGUCUAUCCUUGGUUUAAAGGAUGUAUUAGAAGAGUCGAUGUCAACUUAUGCAUAAGUGAUUCAGAAGGAUGAAGAUGAAGAUGUUUACAGGGAGCGGUUGGUAAAAGAGGAAGCUGAAAGGCUUGAAAGAUCAUAAAAAGCGAUGAAUCUGAUCAUUCUCAAUGUUGGAGAUCAUAUGUUAAGGAAGAUCGAGUUGUGUACGCCAGCUGCUUCUACAUGAUCUACACUGGAUAGGUUAUAUCUUUCAAAGUCUCUACCAAAUAGAAUUCACUUACAGCACAAAUUAUAUACCUUCAAGAUGGUUGAUACUCGGAGUAUGGAUGAGAAUAACGAUGACUUCUUGAAGAUUUUCUCUUACCUGUCAAGGAUGAAUGUAACUGUGGGAUUCGAGUUGGGUUCUCUCGGGUUUAGAUAGUUCGGAUCUGAUGUAUAGGAACCUAAAAAUAUCAAAAUAACUGAUGUAUCUGAAACGGGUUCGGAAUAUUUGUUACGAAAAAUAACUAUGUUACCAGAUUCAAUCUUGAAUUUUUGAAUACAAUUUAUUAUAUAGCAACAUCUAAAAUAUAUAACACUAAUCAUAAAAAAAUAAAUAUUAAUUUAUAAAAAUAAAAUAACCAAUAUUCGCACGUCCGUGCAGGCGAAGCUCUAGUUAUCCAUUAUAGCUUUUAUAUAACAAACUCAAAUAUGAUUAUAUGUGCUUAAAGCCUAUAUUUAUUAACACUGGAGGGUUUUCUGGACUACGCCCGGAUUUUUUCUAUAAUAUUAUAAAACUGAAUUAAACUUGCGUAUUUUUAAUUUGAGAUAGUAAUUUCUACUGAAAUUGUAUUGUAACUAUUUUUAUUUUUUUAUAUGUAAAGAAAAAUAACUAAUAAAAAUUGUUGGGUGCGCUUAUACAUAAAUUAAAGAAUAAUACAUAAUUUGGUGGGACAGGAAUAAAAGGAGUAGGAAGAGGUUGAGCUUUUAUUUUUUCUCUCUAUGGCUUGGAUUUGUCUUGAUGGAUUUGUUUUGUUGAAAACGUGAAUUGCGCUCGAGUUCAUUCCAUUAUUGACAUGGUAUUCGCUCUUUGUAGUACAUGACGUAUUUGAUUGAGCGGUCAAAGUUAUUUAAUUAUGUUGAGAUGUUAUAGGUAUUUCGUUUCGUAUGAAAUAUAUAGGUUUUCAAAUAUAAUGGAGUUAUAUAUUUAGAAUUAAAAGUUACAUAUGUUUGAGCUAUGGGGCUGCUACUUUAAAUUUUUAUUGUUUUUAAUAGGACUAAGCUUACUUUUUGAUUUUCAGUACCAUAUAGUUGAUAAAAAUAAAAGCAUUCAAAAUAAUUUGCUUUUUAACAUAUAUACAAUUUUUUUUAAAAGAACAUGAUAAUUUAAAUAAAUUUGCUUUCAUGAAAAUGGUGUUUAUGCGGAGGCGAGUUCAUUUAAACAAGUGGCCUCUUACUCUCGGUGCUAAUAAAACUAGUCAACAAUGGUUUUUAAAAUGAUUAAACGAAUCUUAUAAGUAUUGUUAAGUGGAUUAUUUGAAAACUGUAUCUUCUCAUGCAUAUUAUAUUUGUGACAAAAUAUUGCUUCUUUUCACUGAUAUGAAGUAUAAAAAAACAGUAAAAACAGCG